CGUUAUCCGAAGGAAGAGUAGGUGAAGCUGUGCCAGAAAUAAGAACUUUGAUUUUACGUUUAGAGAGAAAGGAUUUAACAAAACUAAAUAUACGGGGGCCAACCUUCCAUUUGAUUAAUUGUCUUAAAACUACAUGUAUGCCCACGAGAUCAAACGCUUUUUCAAAAUCAAGCGAAAGAAGUGAAACGUGAUUUUUAUUAGAUAAAGCGUCACAUAUGAAGUGGUCAAGGUGUAAAAGAGCGUAGAUAGUGCUUUGUCCUUUUUUGAAUGCAACCUGAUUUGAAUGAAUGAGUUAUUGAAAUGGAGAACCCAAGAGAGUCUAGUAGCAAAAAUUUUUUCUAAAAGUUUUCCUAGACAGGGUAGAAGGGAAAUAGGACGAUAGCUGGUAACUACGCACGGAGGUUUGUCAGGUUUUAGAAUAGGAAUGAUUGCACUGGUUUUCCAGAUUUGGGGUAUGGUGGCAGUUCGAUAAAUAUUGUUGUAAUGGUUGAUACUCUGCGAGUGGUAGGCACCUUGUCGCGGUGCAGGGGCUUAAAUUGCAACACAUUACGGCAUCUCCCAGCCAUCAGGGGCGAUACUACACAGCAUCUCUCCUGGGGGCUGGCAGGGGCUGCAUGUGUGCAGCGACCGAGAGCUACCACCUCCUAAUCCAGGGUGUUAUGCGACAACCGUGCCCAUUGGAUGAUUUGCAGCCAGGAGGUAAAUUCGUCUGUAUUCGAACGGAGCCUUCCCAACACCGGGCCGCCUUGGGAAGUAACGGUGGCCUUACCGCGUCAAGGGGCUCUGGCGCGGCGGACCUUUCAGUUUCCACUUCAAUAAAAAUACGGUACGUACGAAAAAGAUGAGCAACAACAAAAACAAGAACAACAAACAAAAUUCAACAACAGACAAAGACAACAACCGAAACAGCAGCAUCAACAACAACAGUGCACGGCUGCACAAGCACCGCAAGCAAGAGUGGUCCGUGGGCUAGACGAAAGUUUAGCUUCCUGGAUGCUCUGUCGCCGGAAGAGCGAGCACUCUUCGAGGAGCACGCGCGUGACGACGUCGACAUGCCCUCUUGCAGCGGCACCCAACGUAGUGCGUCCAUCGCGACCACUGCGAACCACGCGAAUGCCGCCCCCACAACCCCCUCGAGCAGGAUCGACUGCGGAGAGGAGGGUGGUUUCACGAAAGUGGAAUCAAGUAGCGAGCGCAAAAGGAAACGGCAACGAGGGAACAUCCCAUGUACCCCGGAGCCAGGACGCCCAGGAGGUCACGACGACCCACGAAGAGCGGGAAUGAGUGGGGCCACUCUCAAGUGGUACCUCUGAUUCCUUCAGGACGGCAUGACACCGGAGACAGCUGAAAAGCGGGCUCUGAGUAGGAGCAGGGGGAGCAACCCCUCUUCUAAAAAUGCACAGCGCGCAGGUGUCAACGGUUCGUCUGCAACAAGACGCAGGAAUCAGAGGCGGCGCCGAGCCAAAGCAGCCUUGUCAGAGGGGCGAAGCGAAAUUAGGCCGGCACCCCAAGAGGCACCUAAUCGAACGGAGAAAAGGAAAAGCGGCCAAAUAACUCCUCAGGAGCCACCUAGGUCCAAGAAAAUCAGAGAGGACAAACCACAGGAGGCCAGGGGAAAAGGCUCCAACCCCAACCAGCAGCCGACGAGAGCCGUAAGCCGGAAGUACUCAGAAACCGUGAAGAGCAUCCGGAUGGCAGUGUUGCCCCGCAACUACCCGGCGGAGGCCCUAGGGUCGGAACAGCAGACGUCUCUCCAGAACUGCUUAGUGAAAGCCUUGUUCGUGGGCGACGAGUAUACCGGCGCCUUUAAUGGCAUCUUUUUCAAGGGCGGUAUGCUCCUGGUAGACUGCCAGGAUGAGAAGUCGGCCACCUGGCUAACGGGGACCACGCCAAGGCUAGUGGGUUGGAAUAGCCCGGCCCUGUGUGUUAAGAGAGGCGAGGAUAUACCACAACUGCACAGUAUGGCGGUAUUCUUCCCUAGAAGUGCGAACGAAAAUUACGAUUUCGCGCUUAGUUUAGUGAAAAACCAAAACUUGGGCUUAAGAACCACGGCGUGGAAGGUCGUAUCAAGCAGUGUUGUGGGUUCAGGGUGGAACCUCAACAUAACGGUAGAUGAUGAAUCCUAUAAAUACAUCAGGCAGAAGGGAUUCAAGCUAAACUUCCGCUUCGGCAAGGUGGUAAUGAGGCCAUGGAGGCCCAAAGCAACGCCGACGACGGACAAAGAACCCGCGACGGGGAUGACCGCAGCUCCGGCUUCAUCCGCAGCCAGCUCAGCAGGGCAGGAGGCGACUGCCUCUGUGGUUGCGGGAGAGCGGCACGAGUCCCCCAACGACCUCAUCCCGGCCGAGAAAGCUGUGACCACCGGCGUGGAUGAAAACAGGAGCAAUGAGCUCCCUAAGGAGCAAGAAAGCAUGCUGCCAUCCACCCAAGAGCUCCUGGAAGGGCUGGAUAUGCAGGUUGAUGAGGAUAUCGCGGACGAGGACCAGUCUCUCAUCGAACCCAUAUUAUAAGCUCCAGCGCCGGCAUAGAAGUUGCUCAGGUGAACCUACAUCACGCAUCGGCAGCCUGGCUGUCAUCGUGAAAAGGUUCAUUUCGGAUAACCUGGGCAUCCUCUUGAUCCCAGAGCCUUGGGUGGUUAAAGGAGAGGUAAGAGGCCUCAACACGAAAGGAAGCAAGAAUUUCUAACGCAAAAUCUGGUGGCGAUACAGGUGAAGGACAAGGAAGGUUCGGACUUCGUCCUCUCAUCCGCAUACUUCCCGGGGGAGACGGCCAUAGAAACCCUAAACAUAACCAUAAGCAGAGUAAGGCAGGCAGAUGGUAGAUCCACCACAAUUGGACUGGAGAGCAGACUAAGUGCAAUAAACCAGUCCAUUGUGGACGCCUAUCAUUGUGCUUGUCCACUGAAAGCGACCACCAGUAAACAAACGUGCCCCUGGUGGUCUAGUAAACUCUCAGCUCUCAGACAAAAGGUGCGAAGGCUGUUUAAUAAAGCCAAGCGCACAGGCAGCUGGGCAGAAUACAAACGGCACCUAACAAUCUACAAUAAGGAGAUCAGGCUUGCCAAGACAAACAGUUUCAGGAAAUUCUGUGACAGCGUCUCCUCGACCCCGGAGGCAGCUCGGCUGCAUAAGGCGUUGUCGAGAGGUAAGACGGACACAGUAUUAUCCCUAAAGAGACAGGACGGGACCUAUACGACUAGCGCGGAGGAGAGGGCAGAAACACUCUUACAGGCGCACUUCCCGGAGACGGUUCAAGUCGACCUAACUCCAGCAUCGGACAAACGCAGGCCGGACCGCUCAGACUGGUUGACUGCAAAGAAUUUGUUCACUGCGGACUCAGUCAGAUGGGCACUGGCCUCCUUCUCAAUCUAUAAGUCACCGGAAGUGGACGGCGUCUUCUCGGCCCUCUUGCAGCAAGGUAUGGAUACUCUCCUGCCACACCUGCUAGGUCUGAUGAGAGACAGCCUGGCAAUGUCGUAUAUUCCUAAGCCAUGCAGAAUUGCAAAAGUAAUCUUCAUCCCAAAGUAGGGAGGAGAGACUAUUCGCUAGCCAAAUCAUUCCGGCCUAUAAGUCUCACAUCCUUCAUGCUAAAGGGGAUGGAGAAAGUAAUAGAUAACCACAUUCGAUCGGAAGUGCUGAAGAACGCACCCCUACAUGCCAGGCAACAUGCGCACAGAACGGGCAGAUCCACAAACACUGCUCUGUGCCAACUCACGUCUGAGCUGCAAGAUUCGCUGGAUAACGGCGAGGUUGCGAUCUGCGCCUUCCUAGACAUUGAGGGUGCCUUUGACAAUGCGUCUCACACUAGCGUGAUCAAGGCACUUAAGAGAAGGAACGUUACCACUCCAAUAUGCAGAUGGAUAGAAGCCCUUCUGCGUACUAGGGUAGCGGAAACAACGGUGGGGGAAAGCAAGAUUCAUCUUGGCACCACAAGGGAUUGCCCACAGGGGGGAAGUACUAUCCCCUCGCUAUGAAGCUUGGUAGUAGACAAACCCCUCGAGUUGCUCGCCAGCAAUGGAAUCCGCUGUCAAGGGUACGCGGAUGACAUCGUCAUAAUGGCGAGAGGCAGAUUUGAAAACACUCUCUCUGACAUUGUACAAAGGGGCUUAAACCUGGCGAAAGGAUGGUGCAACACGGUAGGGCUAAACAUCAACCCAGCAAAAACUACCGUAGUCCCAUUCACUAGGCGGAGAUCUCUUCCGGGCCUGAGGUCCCUAACAUUAGGAGGCACAGAGGUGGAAAUGUCGAAAGAAGUCAAAUUCCUUGGCCUCACUUUAGACUCAUCACUACGGUGGAGUAAGCAUUUGGACUUAACGCUGUCCAAAGCAACUAGAGCACUUAUGGUAUGAAGACGCCUGGCCGGCAGAUCAUGGGGUUGUAAGCCAGGAAUCAUUAGAUGGCUAUAUAUAUAUAUCAUGAUAGUAAGGCCUAUUAUCACCUAUGGAGCGGUGGCUUGGGCCACCAAAGCAGCUCAGUCUUCGGUGAUCCGGAGACUAUCAAAGACUGCCUGUGUCUGUGCUUCGGGGGCAAUGCGCACAUGCCCCACUGUGGCACUGGAAGUCAUAUUGGAGCUCACACCGCUGCACCGGGUGAUAAAACAAGCAGCAAACCACACCAUGCUGCUAAUGUCAGCAGAAGGCUGCGGUAGAGGAAAGUUAAUGUCCUCCAGACAGAUGGACGUACUGGCGGAAAGCACACCGCUAGUCCUCCUCCCAAAGGACGGCACAACAAAGAAAAUAAACUUCAAAAGAAAUUUCAAAGUUACUCUCGGCAGCAAGACGAGGUGGAGCGAUUCCACGCUGGAAAGACUGUACCAUUCAGUGGUACACUGAUGGCUCCAAAACACCGGAAGGUAUUGGGGCGGGUAUUGCGGGACCGCGUACUAAGCUGUCCGUACCAAUGGGCUGCUUCCGCAGUAUCUUCCAGGCUGAAGUUUUUGCCAUAGGUCAGUGCGCUGAAGUCAACCUCAGCCGCAACUAUCGCAACCAGCGUAUAGCUAUUCUCAGUGAUAGCCUAGCGGCACUAAAGACGAUUUCAUCAUAUGAGAUCAAAUCGCUUUUAGUUGAGGAACGCUUAGAAAGGCUAAACCGCCUGUCCUUGUGCAACCGGGUGCACCUAAUUUGGGUGCCAGGGCACAAAGGAAUAGAAGGAAACGAGAAGGUCGACGAACUGGCCCGCGCUGCGGCAGCGUCCAAGGUGAUGGGACCAGAACCAUACAUAGCGGUAGGAUCCCACACUUUUAAGGAGCUGCUCCGCAUGGAGGAAAGAACGGAGAGAGAACGGCAUUGGCAACAAUCAUCAGGCAUGCGCCACGCCAAACUGCUACUAGGGGGGUACAGUCUCUCCAGGUUCAAGAAACUAUUCACCUCCCCCGUGACAAAUUCCGUCUCCUCGUCGCAAUUUAUACAGGGCACUGCAGGCUCAGGAAGCACUUGUUGAACAUGGGCAUAGUCUCCUGUGCUAACUGCCGGUUCUGUGACCUGGAACAGGAAACACCAGCACACCUAAUCCUGGAUUGCACAGCAAUUUGUGGAUAUGUAAGCAGGGAUCACAUCACCUCAGUAGCGCCCGGCAAACUCCUAGAGCUAUUCAGGGGGACUCUGGGAAGACAUGUGAUAUCGUAGAUGGCACAAUAGACCUUAGGUCGCGGUGCAUUACCUCAUAACAUUUAUCUAUCUAUCUAAUGGUUGAUAAGUCGCUUGAGGAGAUGAGAAGGAAGAUGUUUGAUGAUGGGAUAGGAAACUUUAUCUAACCCAGGCGUUUUACCUUUAACCGCAGGAAGAGCUAUAUUGAGUUAUAUUAAAGAUGUAUCUGAGUAGAGAUAUUCGGCUGAAGGGAAUAAAACAGAUGAAACGUAAUUAUAGGCAAGUAAAGAGUGCUUAUUAGACGAGUAUUCAGAAGAGAAAUUACAAUCAGAAGAUUUUGACGAGAAAAAUUUGGGGAAUUCUAAAGCUAUAUCCUGUGGAUAUAGUAGAUUGCCUUGAGAGGAAUUGAGUGAGAUAAUAGGAGAGAAAGAAAUAUUGCCAGAUAGUCCUCUUAUAUUUGACCAAAUCAUUUUAGGGUCAGAAGAGGAAUUAAUGCUGCUGGUAAAUGUCUGGAAAGAUUUAACUUUUGCUUGCUUCGCUUUUCUUCUGAAAAUGGCAUGAGCUUUUUUAUAAGCAACAAGGUUUGAUGACGAACGAUUUUGUUUGAAAUGAUGCCAUGUUUGUUGCUUAUGCAGUCUAAGAGAAGAUGGCUCACUAUCCCACCAAGGAGGGUUAUGAUUACGAGGUUUAGGUGAGGUUUGUGAUCUAGAUUGAUUGGCAGCAGAUCUUAUAAUCUUCUGAAUCCUAGAAGUUUCCUGAUUAAUAAUAUCUGUAGAAGGGAGGGUGUCUGAGUAACGUAAACAAAAUUCUUGAAAUUUGGGCCAAUCAGCUGAAUCAGUGUUAAAAAAUAUUCUGGGUUUGAAGAAAUUGGAAUUAUGGGAGGAGAUUUUGGCUAUGAUAGGAAAAUGAUCGCUACCAUGCAAAUUAUCUAAUAUAUGUACAAUGCCAAACAACUUUGGGAGAGAGUGAAGUGGAACAAAUUGUAAGAUCUAUAUGGGUGUAGGUGGAAUGAGUGGAGAAAUGGGUAAGGGAACCAUCAUUGAGGACAACAAAGUCCGACCAGAGGACAGCAUCCUCAAUAAUGCGGCCCCUGGAGUUAGUUGAAGAAGAACCCCAAAGAGGGGGCAUUGAAGUCAUCAGCCAGUAAAAAAGGAGUCGAGCCAGAAGGGAAAAGGUUAAAGAAGUCUGCUGAAGUAAAAGUUUGGUGAGGAGGGGAAUAUGCACAGAUAAUUAUUAUUUUUUGGGGGGAGGGAAUUUCGAUGACAACGGAAGAGAUAUUCGAAGGAGAUAUUGGGAGAAUAUUAUGCGGUAUACUUCUCUUAAUCAGGAUUACAAUACCUUGUUUGCUUGAUGUGACGAAAGGAAGGUUAUAAAAGUGACCAGCAUAGGCUUUUGGAGUAUGAGCUGAUAUAUUGUUUGCAAUAUGUGUUUUGUUUAAUAAUAUUAUUUAUUUUUUAAUUAAAAUUUCAAGUUCAAAGUAGUUAUUAAUGUAUCCGUUAAUAUUCCAUUGAAGAAAAGUUAACAUAGAAAAAUAAAGAAAAUUAAAGUAUAAUAACAUAUUGUUUGCAAUAUGUGUUUUGUUUAAUAAUAUUA